AUGAAUAUCGAAAACGCUGCUAUAAACAUUUUAAAACGAGGCGUAGAAUUAGAUACCAAGAAGAGGUAUACGGAAGCAUUGGUUUGUUACCAGGAGGGCUUACAAAUACUUGUGGAUAAAAUGAAAGAUGAUAUAAAUGAUGUAACUAAAAAGUAUUUGAGGAAAAAAGUGGAAGAAUAUAUGAACAGAGCGGAAACAAUAAAAAAGUUGGUUUUAAAGCAGAAAGAGACUGGUCAGUUCCACGAACAGAUUCAGAUCGAGAAUAAUUCAACUGGCCAUAGUUACAAAGCUUUAUUUGGAAGGUUUUUAGAUGAUGAAGUUGAAUAUGUUAUAGUUGAAGAUCCAUAUAUUAGAAGUUUUCAUCAGUGUCAAAACUUCCUCCGUCUCUGUGAAUUACUUGUAAGAAAAUGUUGUAAUUUAAGAAAAAUACAGUUAACGACAACCAAAGAUGACAAAUCAGAAAACAAUCAAAGGAUGUGGUUUUCAAAUUUAUUGAACGAUCUCAGCCAGUAUAAAGUACACCUUAUUGUUAAGUACUCUGAUACUCUACAUGAUAGGCAAAUAAUAUUAAGUUCCGGUUGGAUAAUAAAAAUAGGUAGAGGCUUAGAUUUCUUUAAGGCACCAGAAAAUAAAUUCUGUCUUGGAAUGUUUGAUAUGGAUCUCCGACAGUGUCAUGAAACAACAGUCGACAUUGUUCAUUCAAAAAAUGUUAAACAGUCAUAUGGAUAA